UCAUAUGAUAAAACGUCAUUAUUUGUUCGUGUAACAAAAAUCCGGAACAUGAAAUUUUCCUCUCGGAUAUCUCCUAUUUGUUAGCGUAAAGGGAAAAAAAUAUUUUUUUCCGAGAAUCUCAUGAUUCUCAUCUUAAUUAUCUAAAAUAUGCAAAACGAAGUAGCUGGAAUAUUGUCUCGAUUUAAAAGUCUAGAUAGAGAGAAACGUAAAGUCUUCUUAUUGUCUCUCGUUGAAGAAUGUGAUCCGCACGAAAUUUUUACCUUGCAACAAGUAUUAGAAUCGAAAGGUCUUGGAAGGUUUGAUAUUAUUGGAGCUUUACCACCUGAACUUGCAGUAAAAAUAUUUGCAUUUCUUAGCGGCAAAGAAUUAUGUACCUGUCGUGAGGUUUGUAAAACAUGGAUGAACAUCACUAAUGAGUCCACAAUAUGGAGAUUAAAAUGCCUAGAAUUGUUAUACGUAAACAAAGGUAUAACGGCAGCGCAGAAUUUGAAUAUUCCUAAAGAGGGAUGGAAAAAAUUAUACCAAAAACAAUAUCGAAGAGAAAUAAAUUGGAACAAUGGACAAGUUCAAACGAUAAAGUUUCUUAGAGAUCAUACAGAACGUGUAACAGAUGCAAAAUUAAAAGAAAAUAUCUUGGUAACUGGAUCAGCGGAUAGAACAGUACGAAUUUGGAACAUCGAGACUGGGGAAUGUAUUCGUACAUUGUGUGGAAAUUCUUUUAGCUGUGUGGAUUUCCUGAUCGAAGAAAAAAUUGUAGCUGCUUCAACAUUUUUCCGAGCAUCCUUCAUUUGGAAUAUGGAAACUGGAGAUUUGAUAAGAGAACUGAAAGGACAUGUUAGCGCUGUAAGAUGUAUUAGCUUAUCUAGAUCAUAUGUUGCAUCUUGUGCAUUUGAUGGAAGCUUAAUCGUUUGGAAUUGGAAAACGGGAGAAAAAAUAACGACAAUACUAGCAGAAGCAACAGCCAUUCGAAUAUUUAAUAAUACAGUAUUGUCUCAUAGUAAUUCAAGUAUUAAAGCAUUUGAUAUACUAAAUGGAAAUUGUAUUUUUUCAACUGCCUUUAACGAAGGACAAUUGGGGUGGAGUUAUGUCCAGAAUUAUCUUUCAUCAAAAAGUGCAGAAGAAUCGACGAAUGAAUUUCCUGAUCAAAUAGUAUUAUCGCUAAAUAUAUUAAAUACGUUAAGGAAUUAUUCAAAUUCUCUUCAUAAUUUUGAUACAAGAAGAGGAAGAAUGGUAUGCGCUAGUAACCAGCAGUCCUCUGAUAUUUUACAAUUGAUUUUACUUAAUGAUACAGGUCGACCUAAAGAAAUAGUAUAUCCUAAAGGGACAUCUACAGAUAUUCUUAAUAAAGAAAUCUUCAGAACUUUGAGUAUAGAUCAUCGACGCAUAAUAAUCGGUUGUUUGAGUGGGACAAUUGCUAUUUUAGAUUUUGAUGAAGAAUCAUAGAAAGCUAUUGUUUAUUUUUUUUUAAUCAUUUAGUUCAACUUCAAACUUAUUAUACAUUUCCUUUGUUGUUGUUCCUUCAAUUUCAGCACAUUUACCAAGCAACAUUUGUCCUAUAUCUUUUAUUUCAUUAUAUUCGUGUAGUUGUCGGUAAUGAUCAUUCAACGUCUUUUGUACGUCCAAAUUAUUUCUAUUAGAGAAAUAAUUAAUAUAUUAAAUAUUUAUAUAAUUUUUAAAAAUCAAGUUUAUACACCUACUGCAAUUUUUUUUUCAAAUCUAUUUCAUAAUUAUUCAAUUCAAGAAGUUGAUUUUUAAGCGAUUGAAUCUGGGAGUUAGGUUCAACUGAUUUAACUGAUUUAGAACUUGUUUGUAAACAUGAUUCUUCUAGAACACUGCUCUGUUUGUUAACACGAAAUUUGGUUAAUUAAAUCACUCAAAUAAAAUAAAAUUAUAAUAAAUUAUAUUUA